AUGAUUCCAAUACCAAAUGAUCCAGCCCUACUACGAGAACAUAUUUACUCGGAAACAGGUGAUUUACACGUAGUUUUAGACCCAAGAACGUUUUCCGAUAUAGAUGGUUAUAAGCCAAUUAGCGCAUAUGGGCUAGGUUAUUUUAACUAUUACAUGAAGACCGAUAGAGAACUCAGGGAGAAACGUGUUUUAGAUGAAAUAGUGAUUCAUGUUUAUAAUAACUUUAACUUUUAUUUUAUAAUUUUCUGGAUUUUAUUCGUUAUUUAUGCAGUGGAUACUGCUUUGGAUAAAAAAUUCUCAAAAUAUUAUUAUUCUAAUAAUAUUAGCAACAUAGACGAGGAAUAUUCAUCUUAUACAGAAGAUGAGGAUUACUAUGAUGAUGAUGAUGAUGAAGAGCUUUACUACGAUAAUGGGGAGGAUGAGGAAGAUGAUGAUGAAAUUAGUCUGCCAGAAAUGAAAUACAUUAAACAUUCAAAAAAGGAUGAUGAUGGAAUUAUUACAGGGAAUACAGAUAAAAAAAAUAAAGCACAACUGAAAAAAAAAAAUAGAAGAAACAAGAGAAGAAAUUAUAAGAAACGUGUGGGUGGUGGGAAUUUUGUGAGUAGAUUUUUAUACAAAACCUUUUAUAUGAAAAAUGACGAUCAAAAAAAGUACGAUCGUCUUUAUGGGGAUGAUGAUAUUAAUAGUAUUACUAGUAGUCAAUUUGAAUAUCACCAUGUGAAGGUUUAA